AUGCCAAGUCUCUGGAGUGGCCCAAAAUGCGGCACUGGCACACAGCAAGGGAUUGCUGGCGACAGGCAGCUUCUCAAAGAAGCUGCCCAGAAGCUCUCGAAGCUGGGCAAGCAGCAGUGGCAGGAGGUGGCACUCCAACUUCGCCGAUUGUCGGAGCAAAGCCUGCGGCCGGAUGCCUUCGUGUACAACACGGCCAUCAUCGCAUAUGGCAGGGGUCAACGGUGGCAGGCGUCGAUGCACGUGCUUGCCGACAUGGACAGGGAGGCGGUGCAAAGAAACGCCGUGAGCUACGCUGCAGCGCUAGGUGCCUGCGCAAAGGCCAAGCAGUGGAGGGUGGCGGUGCAUACCCUACGAAGCAUGAAAGCGGCCAGCCAGCAGCCGGACGUGCGGAGCUACAGCGACGUCAUCAGCGCAGCUGCCAAGAAUGAGGAGUGGGCCCGAGCCCUGCAGAUCCUUGCUGAGAUGCCGAAGGAAUCCUGCUUGCCGGAUCUUUUCGCCUUCGGACUGGCCAUUUCAGCUUGCGGCAGCGAUCAGUGGACUUUUGCACUGGAGGUGCUGAGACAGAUACGCGCACAAGGCCUCGUGCCGAACGACGUCGUGUUUAGCCACCUGAUGAGUACAUUUGGUUCAGCUGGGCAGUGGCAGCAUGCCAUGGAGACCUUCGACCUGAUGUGCCAUGUGGUGGUUCCGGAUCUCGUGUCGUACAGCACGGCCAUCAGUGCCAUGGGGUCACACUGGCAGUGCGCGGUGGCGUUGCAUCGGCAAAUGCUGGAGCAGGAGCUGCAAGCGGAUGUGAUUUCCCUGAAUGCCGUGAUGCAGUGCCUUGCCGAGGGCCAGCGUUGGGACCUGGCUCUCGUGCAGCUGGCGGCGCUGCGCGAUGUGGGGUUGCAGAUCGGGCACGUCCCCGUGUAA